AUGUUAGUUCUAAAAUAUUAUCUUAUUAUUCAAAUGCAAUUAUGCGAUACAACAUUACAUGAUUGGUUACAUUAUCGUGAUCAAACAAUUAUUGAUGAAACAUUUGAUGAAAAGAAAAAUCUAUUCUAUUCAUUAAAUGAUUUAGGUCAACGUCAAUAAUUAUUUAAUAUAUUUCCAACUGAAAUGGAACGAUAUUGUUGUUUAAGUAAUUUACGUAUAAAUUCGAAAGUUGAUGAACAAUUUUCUGAAUAUUAUUCAUUUGAAACAACUAUUAUUGAACAAUUAAUAUCAAUUGAAAGUGAAAAACGACUGAGUGUUGAACAAUUGUUAUCAAUGUUUGCAAAAGUAACUCAACAAAGAAUGAAAAAACAACAUAAUAGUACAAAAAUGAUUAUUGAACAAUUACGAGCAAAAUUACGUGAUAGAGAUUAA